UUGAGACCGGAGGAAAAAAAACUGUUUUCCUCUGGGAAUUAUAUAACAUCAUGGCAAUUCACGCACAUUUUAGUGUGGCGGAUUUUGUCGUUUUCUCUUUAACCUUACUUGCAUCCAUGGGUAUUGGAAUAUUCUAUUCUAGAGCCGGAGGAGCACAGCAAAACAACAAUGAGUAUUUGAUGGCCGGUCGAAGUAUGUCCAGUAUUCCUGUUGCCAUUUCUGUUCUCGCGUCCUUCGUGUCGUCCAUUGCAAUUCUUGGAAACCCAGCUGAGGUCUACACGUAUGGUUUUCAGUAUUGGAUUCAGUCGUUCACGAACUUUAUUUCGGUGCCGAUGAUGGCACUGGUUUUUUUACCAGUGUAUUACAAUCUUCGUUUGACAAGUAGUUACGAGUACUUAGAGAGAAGAUUUUCCUUCAGUGUACGGAUGUUAGGAUCUGUAGUAUUUGUAAUACAAACAGUGCUGUACACUGCUAUUGUAUUAUAUGGUCCAUCUCUAACUUUAGAGUCAGUGACAGGGUUUCCAUUAUGGCUUUCAACGAUCCUAACUGGACUUGUCUGUACUUUUUAUACCACUGUGGGUGGAAUGAAAGCUGUAAUAUGGACUGAUGUAUUUCAAGGAGUUGUUAUGUUAGGAGGCAUGAUAACAAUCAUUAUUGUUGGGACAGUUAAGGUUGGUAGUCUGGGCAAGGUGUUUGAUGUUGCUUACAAAGGACACAGACUUCAGUUAAAUUUCUCUGUAGAUCCAACUCGCCGAGACACAUUCUGGGCUUUUGUUAUUGGUGGUGCUUUUCAAAUGCUUCCAGUUUAUGCUACCAACCAGACCGCUGUCCAACGCUUCCUGACUUCCAAGUCUUUCAAGUCAGCGCAAAGGGCUGUCUGGAUGAAUCUGCCGCUCAACAUUUUCAGUACAACAAUAACAGUUUUAACAGGCCUGGUUAUCUAUGCAUUUUAUGCUUCUUGCGAUCCUAGAACCACUGGAGAGAUAUCCACAGAUGAUGAGAUCUUACCAUACUUUGUGAUUGAAGUGCUUGGCAAGUUUCAUGGUAUACCUGGAGUCUUUGUAGCGGCAUUGUUCUGUGGCACUUUAAGUACUGUAGCAUCAGGACUCAAUGCUCUGGCAGCAGUAACAGUUGAGGAUUUUGCACCUAUGGUGGUGCAACACAUCCCAACUGAAAGAGAGGCACUUGUGUCCAAGUUGUUAGUAUGCAUUUAUGGCCUCAUCUCGCUUGCAUUGGCUUUUGUGGUCUCAAAACUUGGAAUGAUAUUACAGAUGAGUGCAACCAUGUUUGGAACCACAGGGGGUCCAAUGCUAGGUCUCUUUUCUCUUGGUAUUCUGACAACUCGUGCGAACUCAAAGGGUGUGUGGAUUGGAGUGGCAGCUGGCUUUUGGACAGUCACUUGGAUCAGUAUAGGAGCACUGAUACACCCACCACAGUACCCCACACAGCCCAUGUCUGUAUCUGGGUGUCCCAGCAAUGUGACAAAUUUUAAUAUGUCAUCAAUACAACCAGCACCAAGCAUUGCUCCUCAUUCUGUGUAUGCGUUGUCAUUCUUUUGGUAUGGAAUACUGGGAUUCUUGAUCACAUAUAUUAUUGGUUACCUUGCCAGUUUUAUAUUCACAAAACAUGAAGCUGAAAGAAUAGACCCAGCAUUGUUGUUCGACUACUCUAAAUUCUGUUCCUGGUGUAAUGGAUCUUCUCGUCGACAGUCACUUAGUGAUGUGCAGAGCUCUACAGAGUCAGAUGAACAUACCCCUUUUAUGAAAGAUCAAGAGUGCAACAUACAAAGUUAAGACUGGAAGAAAAGAGGGCUGUUCAUAACGAGACAUAGGAGAUCUACAAUAAUUAUUAUCCCUUAGUGGCUUUAUAGUUCACCUGUACAAUUUGCUGCAAGUCUAUUUCUUGUGGUUAAUCAUCUAUCACCUUGAUUUAGUGCUCACGUGAGGUUUUCACUUGUCAACAACUAAUAUUCCCUCUUCUACCACUUAAGAGUAGUUUGAAAUAAAUCUUGGAUAAGACUGGAAAAUGAAGAAGAAAUUAUUAAAUCCUUAUUUUGUAGCUAUAUUUUUCUUGACAAGAGCAUUCAAAUUGAUGUUGCACUUUCACAGUUCCCUGUUACUGUAAUCAGGCAACUGUGCGAAUGGGUUUUUAGUGGGUAUUUCAGAGAGAUAAUUUUCAUCAUACAUUACACUUUGGAAAUGUGAUCAGUGACUUCUACCUGUUUUUUGUAAUUAUGAAAUGACACUUCUUGUCAAGUUUCAUUACACAAUGUAUCUUGUCUGGCAUGAUUAUCAAGGUAAGAAUAUAGUUUUUGAGAAGAACUGUUCUUCAUGAUUCAUAACUUAUGUUUGAAAACCAACGCAGUUUUGAAACAUCACAAACCAUUACAUUUGACAAACUAUUUAUUUACUGCUGGCCAGGUUCAAACUAUUAUAUUUCACCCAAUCUCAUUUAGGCUCAAUUUCCACUACUCUCUUGAGUUUGGUCUACAUUCCUCCUGCCUUCAGGGGAGGAGCCCAGACUCCCUCCCUGAACAGCAGUUGGUAAUUGAGCCUAAAUCUCAUUCUCUUCGAUAUUUUUAGUCCAGGAAGACUAUAAAUUAUAUAAGAAGUCCCUCUUUUCCCACGGUUCAUCAAGUGAGAAGGAAAUUGCAAGAGGAAAA